UCAUCUGCUGGCUCUCUGGGAAUCUCCAAAAAAAAACUCACCACAGAGGAGAGAGUCGUAAUACACGGUAGUAGUAAGUUAGGCAGUCUCCGUGGUGACGCAAUUCCUCGCUCCACACACACAAAUUGUGUAAUUAUUUUGGUGCUAUUAUAUUACAACCAUGACCCACCACGGUCAACAACUGCACCUCCCCAUCGUAAAAAUCCUCGAGGAACCCGCCGCCAAAGCCCUCCGAUUCCGUUACGAGUGCGAAGGGCGGUCCGCGGGGUCGCUGCCUGGUGCGACGAGCACCCAUGAGAAGAAGACCUUCCCAAGGAUUCAGGUGCUCCCCCCCACCACUCAAAAUUCUCCCCACCUUCACCCACCCCUCACCAAAGGCGUGGUGGUGGUCUCCUGCGUGACAGUGGAGCCCCCCCACCGCCCCCACCCCCACAACCUCGUGGGAAAGGAGGGCUGCAAAAAAGGCGUGUGCACGAUGGAGCUCUCAACUUCAGAGAGUGGAGAAAUGAUCACGGAGUUCUCUAAUUUGGGGAUCCAGUGCGUGAAGAAAAAGGACAUCGAGGAGAGUCUCAGGGUCAGGGAGGAGAUCAGGGUGGAUCCCUUCAGGACCGGCUUCACCCACAAAACGCAACCGGGCUCCAUCGACCUCAACGCCCUCCGGCUCUGUUUCCAAGUGUUCCUCGAAGGGCCGGAGCGGGGCCAGUUUAAAAUUCCCCUCAAACCCGUCGUUUCCGAGGCGAUCUACGAUAAAAAGGCGAUAAACGACCUCACGAUAAUGAAGCUGUCCGAGUGCACCUCGCCCGUCCUGGGAAACAAGGAGAUCAUCAUGCUGUGUGAUAAGGUGUCCAAAGACGACAUCGAAAUCCGAUUUUACGAGACGACCCCCACCGCCCCCCACACCACUUUGUGGGAAGCCUUUGCGGACUUCCAACCCUCGGAUGUUCACAAGCAGUACGCCAUCACUUUUAGAACACCGGCGUAUCGGGAUUUGGAGAUAACCACCCCCACGACCUCCACCUAUAUCCAACUGCGCUGCCCCUCCAAGGACACCACCUCCCUCCCGCGAAUGUUUGAGUUCACCCCGAUCGCUUCAGGUAUACACUUCUGGCCCCACAAUAAUUUGGGUAAACGUCGAAAGGUUAAUUUAGAAGAGGCGAUAGACUCGGAAGACUAUGGUUUGUUGGGGGACGUUCUGCAAGAGCCAAUCAGCGGCCAGGAUGAGACAGAGGGCGUGUACGAUUUAGAUUUGGAAUUAGUUAGGCAGUUGGCGAUUGGCGGUGGGUUGGGUGGAGGGGAGGGGCUAGACCUACAGCAAGAACAGCAAUUGGCUGUUGAAUAUUUGGAUAAAACUGAUCAGCCAAUGGACACGUCUGAUGAUCUGGAAGCUCCUCCUAAUCCACCGCCACGCCCUCCAAAAUCACCUACGGCCCCUCCAUUAACCUCUCCACCGCCGAAUUUGCCUCCUAAGAAAUCCACGACUCCCGUUAAAAAUAAAAAUUUUUUCAAGUCCCUAUUUUCAAAAUCCCCUAAAAAAGUGGGUGUAACUACUAACCCCCCAGAAAUCACGGAAUCCCAGCAGAUCCUGGAGGAUUUAGACUCCAUCCUAGCCAUAGAAUCCGUAGAGCAGUAUGCUUUAUACACGGAUCACAACGUUCCCAAGGCAACGUUGUCUGAAUGCGAUGAUUUUAGUUUGAGGGGGCGUAACAAUAAUUAACCUUUUUUUAUUUAAAUUAUUAUUUGCUAAUUUUUUUUGUGUGGGUGUGGUUUUGUUUAAAAAUCCAGACCUCUCGGACGGUUUGCAGCAACAGACUAAAAGAAAACGUUGGGUUAAUAA